AUGGUUUCCAGAUGCUCCGUGCCAUUUGGGCCUUGUUUGUUUCAGAAAAAAAAAAGCUUGAAAAACACUCUUCUGUCAGUCACAGCUUUCUUUCUUCUACGGCAACUACAUCCCUCUCAAGAUUCAAGAUUACCUAUAUAUAUAUAUAUCAGUAAUUUACUUCUGAUGCGGUGGAAUAGGGAGGGCAGUUGUUUUUAAAGAACAGGCAAAGAAGAAAAGAAAAGGGAUUUUACUUUACGGUAUAAAUGGUGCAAGUUAUGUCUACAAGCACUCUGACAACCUCUGGAAGCAGUAGCCAUUUACUGGGGAGGCAUUCCAGGCUAAAUAAAAGUGACAUAACCUAUGGAGUUGAAAGACUAUGCCUUUGGUAUCAAGGUGCACGUACCUUUUCCUUUAUAAGGCACUUUGAUAUAUCAAGACAACAAAGUUUGAGAGUUGAAGCUGGAUGGCUGUUUAAAGGAGGCGACCAGGGGUUGGAUGCAAGCUCGGAGCGCAGUGAAACUGCCAAUGAGGAUAUAUUAAUUUUCUUUUUCCAGCUGGACUUGGGGACUCAAGUACAGCGUGCUCUGAAUUUGGAGGAGUAUGAAAUUGCUCAACAACUAAGAAACAAGCUUACUGAGGUUGAAACAGAGGUUAUCAGGCAACAAGAAGCAAGAAGAGGAUCAACCUCAAAGAGUGAAGCUCAAGAUGUGGCUAUAAAUAUCUUACGUGUACGGUGUGCGGAUCUGCAAAAUGCAAUUCAGAGCGAGAACUAUGCUUUGGCCGCUGAAUUACGGGAUGAAAUUUCUAAACUUGAGGCAGAGUCACUAGUUGCCUCAGCAAAGGCUCAACUGCAUGAAAAUGCUCAAUAUGCAUUUCGUUUGGGCCAGAAAGUGAGGCACAAGAUGUUUGGAUAUCGAGGUGUGGUUUGUGGAAUGGAUCCGGUUUGCUGUGAAUCAAGUUCAUGGAAGGAAAGUGCACAUGUUGAAAAGUUGUCUCGUGGCGCUGAUCAGCCAUUUUAUCAGGUCUUGGUUGAUGUAUAUGCAAAACCCAACCUACUAGUAGCAUAUGUUUCUGAGGAAAAUUUAUUGGCCCCUGACCAACCAGACAUGGGCAGGUUUGAUCAUCCCUACAUUUCUUUUCUAUUCUAUGGUAUGGAUGCAGCUGGGGAUUUCAUUCCAAUCAAACAGCUGCGCGAGAAGUACAAUAGGCCUCGGCAUGAGGUGCCCCAAGAUCCACCAGAAGAGAAUGGAGGUGAUUCUUAACUGGGUAUUGCCUGAUUUCCUAGUCAUGUGGGUUUUUAGGAAAUCGAAAACCUUUAAAGGUGUUUUGAGUAGCUUCCUUUGAUGUCACCGUUGAUUUCUCUCUCCUUUUGCUAGUGAAGUUGAUUGUACAUCCAAAUUCUAUUCGGCUUCAUAGCUCACUUGUAUAUGAUCUAGGGAUCCUCUAUUUCAAAAUUUGUCUCUUUAUACCCAAUACAUUCCUAGUGGUAUGAUGUGGUGGAAACCUUAAAAUAUGGAAUAUGAUCAUAUGAUUGAAAAAUGCAUUGAAACACAAGGAUGGAGAUUUUGGGGACAUGGUCUGAAUAGCUGAUCCAUGUGUGUAUACCAUGUCUUUUUGGCACUGGGAGGAUUUAUUGUAAUUCAUAUGUUGAUCAUGGAUGUCAAAACAGUAGAUAAUAAAACAAGUAAUAAAUAAAUGGGUAAUUAAUUUCUUAA